AUGACCCUCAAGCACUCACUCCAUCGCUGCAGCGCAGUUGUUUCGCUGGAGGGGCAAUCUACCCAGUAUCUUCAGAAUCUUGAGGGACUAAAUAAAAUCCAUUAUUUGGACGUACCUAGUCUCGAAUUUCACCUACAGAAAUUGGAUUUCGACCCUGUAGGGCAGCCUCCAAGAUGUCGUCGCGUUUGCUAUCGAUGAAGUUUAUGCAGAGGGGCAUAGCAAACUCCUCCACAGCAUCAUCACCCACAACCCCACGCGCCGAAGACACAACGCAUGCGAGCAAGCGACGAAAAUCCGAGGGACCACUGUCCCCAGCUCUCAACCGCGGACAAGCUGCGGGCAGCGCGAAGCUCGACGAAAAGGCUGUCAAGGCAGCGAUCGCAGAAGAGGAGAGGAAAAGGCAGGCGGCUAUUGCAAAACAGGCUGCCGAGUCGGGCGACACUCACUGGGUUCUCGAUUUCCCAGCUGCGUCUCCUUCAUCGGCAUCUAGCAAGUCAAAAGCUCCAUUGAGGGUGGUUCAGGUCGGAUUUGCCCAGAUCGAUACGGCGGACAAAGGAGAAAAUGAAGAAUACGCCGGCCCAUCGCCUUCGGGAGCACAGAUAAGGCGCUUUAAUAUGAAAGCGAAAAAUUCGACUAAAGACACGAAGAUAGAAUCAGAACAGGACGUGGACAUGGGAUCGGAAUCUGGGAGCGAGGACUCUGAAGACUCCGAAUCUAACGAUUCAUCCACACCAUCCACACCAUAUACUGCCGGCGGUAGCGAUAUACGUGGACGACAGUCCGGCAGUCAAGACAGCAAACGAAAACGUGGGAGGUCGGAGACCUCAGCAAGAAGAAAUUCCGAGAGGACUAAAGCUCAUGAGUUCUCUGCGAAGCGCAGGAAGAAGAACGUGAAGCUGAACAUGCCCUUGUCCAUCUCAUCUGCUAACCCUCCCGCUCACAGCCCAUCGUCUAAGCGAAGGUCAUUAGGCAAGGGUGGGCGUUGAGAUGCCGAGUAUUUUUCUUCCCAGAACUACACCAUACUGUUUCGCAGCGGAAGUAUCCGUGGGAGUAUCCGUGGGAUCUCGUCAGUUUCUGUGCGAGUACAUGGUCUCCAUGACAUUCGACCAGAUCCCGGUCCCAUCUCGCAUAGCCUUUGCUCAUGUCGAGCGAAUUCGCAUGUCAUGGCUUGAAUGCCUAUCAUCUAACUAGGCCGCUUGCAAAUUUCAGUGGUGACGAUCCUGAUACUGACAGCAGCCAAGCGACUUUAGGACUGGGCGAGAGUGAUUUCACCCCGCUUCUAGUACAUUGUCUAUCGUGCAGCUGCGCCUGACAUCCACCGAUAGAUAAUGGGGAUGAAUGAGAUGACCCGGUGGUUUCGAUUUGUUUCAAUCACUUGCUUCUGGAUGCCGGCAAAACUGUGCCGUUAACUACAGUUUAACAUAAUUCAGGGUAAAGGGGAUAACUUGAAGCCAGAGAAGCCUCCUAUCCUCACGGCAUUACGCUCCCGAAAGGACAAAUUCCCGGGGCUACGGCUACAAGGGCCAAGUCUCAACCACGUUACUUGAGGUUUAUUGAGAUUGACGGCGCAAGCUGGCCGUCGCUGGUCAAAAAUAGUAAACACACAAUAAACAGCUUCGAAGACAAAGGAAAUACACCUAGACCUAGUGAACAUUAAAGGAUAUAAUC